UUUUGGCAUUUUACACAAAGAGGACAAGCAUCUGUUCCUCUCAAAACGCGACCCCGAGCUUUUCCUACAUGACUGCCCUUUUACACCCUCUUCCGUAAAAAAAAAAAAAAAAAAAAAAGACAAGAAGGCUUUCUAAAUUUCGGGAUGUACACGGCCGGGCUCAACCCGUUUUACGCAUCCAACUUCAGCCUCUGGUCCGCGUACUGCGCCGGGGGCUUCGCUGUGGAUACCAUGAAGAAACCGUCGUUUUGCAUCGCAGAUAUUUUGCAGGCCGGGGAUGCGGAGAACAUCCCGGGCUCGUCUGCCCUCAUGGUGCACAUGGGACACCACCACCACCACCACCGCGCCCAGCAGGCGCACUCCGGCGGAUCCCCGCUGCGCCCCUCUCCCGUCGAGCCCUCCGUGUUCGCCAGAGUCAGUCCCGCGUCCCCCUACCACAGACACGGACUACAGCUCACCUCGGUAUCCAGGACGGCUUUCAACUCCCAACAAGCCCCGCCGCCCUCCAGCAAAGACCUCAAAUUUGGAAUCGAUCGGAUUUUAUCCACGGACUUUGAUCCAAAGUGCAAAGAAAAGUCGUCGCUUAGAGAUCUCACGUCCAUUGUUAGCUCGAACCGUCAGUCAGGCCUCCACGUCUCUGUUCAGCCUCCGGCCACGCAGUACUUCUCCUCCAUAGACCACGGGAUGAGCGACGCGUCCUCCAUGAUGAGUUCGCUAGGCAGCAGCAGCAGACAUUCAGGCCAGCAUCAGUUUCAGGACUCCUUCCCAGGUCCGUACGCCGUCCUCACAAAAGACACGAUGCCCCAGACGUACAAGAGGAAAAGGUCGUGGUCCAGGGCCGUGUUCUCAAACCUCCAGAGAAAAGGACUUGAGAAGAGAUUCGAAAUACAGAAGUAUGUCACGAAGCCAGACAGAAAGCAGCUGGCUGCCAUGCUGGGCCUCACAGAUGCUCAGGUGAAAGUGUGGUUCCAGAACAGGCGAAUGAAGUGGAGACACUCGAAAGAGGCCCAGGCCCAAAAGGACAAGGAGAAGGACGAGAAGGCCGAGAAAAGCCCCUCGGAGGCCGACGGGGAGCACAAAGAGCCGACGGAGUCCGAGGGCGAGAGCGAGGCAAGGAGCGAGUGCGACUCCGACGAGGCCGAGGAGGAGGAGGAGAGCGCGGACGGACAUUUGGACAUUCCCGAGCACAACAAGACCAGCGUUAUCACGAGCGGGAGCGCGCAGGCGGGCGGGAGCGCGCAGGCGGCCACGGCCACGGACGCGCCGGCCACGGACACUGCGGCCCCCCAGGGGUCAAUAUGAGGCCGGCCAGGGGACCGGGCCCUCUCCGUUUUUUUUGUUUUUUUUGUACAGAAGAACAGCGAUGCUUUAAAGACACGUCUGGAGUGUAGCAACCGCAACCACAAACAGGUCAGUUUGAUUCUGGAGCAAAAAAAAUACCCAUUUUAUUAGUUAAUCUUCGCACAUUGUUUUAGUCCGGAGAGACACAUGGGAACAUAAGUGGCCAGAAUUAAGGUGAGCAUUUUGUAAGAUGGUGUAUUUUUUCUGUAUAUCUAUUUUUUUUUUGUCUUACAAGGCUGUAAUCAUAAAUCCACGGAUUAUUUUUUUAUUUAAAAUAAAUACUCCCUGCCCCCUUCAGUGUCUCUUUACAUUCGAUUUCUUCUGAUGUUUAUUUUUCCUAACAGAGGAAAAUAUUACGCGGUCUUGUUUUUUUGUUUUUUUUUGUUCAUGUUAUGAACCACUCGUUUCACCUUGUGAAUGAAAUCUCAGAAGAUCAAUUGCUCAUGUACCUAUUUGUUUUGUUUUCUGAUAUAUAGUUGUGCUAUUUUGUUGAUAAUAUUUGCACUGAAAAUAUUGUAAAUAAAAGGUU